CUGUGUAAUGAAGAGAGUACCGAACGGACGGCCACACAAUGCAAGUACAUGGCCACACACAACCGUACGACCACGCCUGGCCCAUCGGGUAAUGUGUCAUCGUCAACAAUUGGUCUUGGACAAUUAUGAAGCUGACAUGGGGUGUCUUUGUUUGGCAGUAACCGGUGCACCCCGGUCGUCGUACGCGAUGUGCUUUACGCGAACACCGGAUACCUCGUGUACCCGACACAGGUGACUACGUCGAGCAUUGUCAGCACGGAACAAGCUAUAAAUAGAUCAUUAAUAGAGUCGGUUGUGAUUUUUACCUACAAGUGACUUAUGUGCUAAUUGGAGUGUAACAGUGUGCGAUGUUUUAAAAAGUGUUGUAAACACUAUAAACGACGUGUUUCCUUUCGGUCUUACCUGCUAAACACCUGGCUAUGUGACAAAGGCUUCGCGACGACUCCAGCAGCAGACGUGUGUGGCUAUAGGGAUGGACAUUAGCGACAGUUGAUGAACAAUACCGAAUCGUCAUACUAUACACCUGUCUAUUUGAAAUCACCUGUAAUUACCUGGAUAGAUGCAAGGUUUAACGUAUAUACAUGUAUAUAACCUCACCUGGAUUACACUGUACGGAAAAUAUCAGGUACAUGUUUAUUCAGGAAAAUAUUAAAAUGUAUGGGUACGUUUGUUAAUAUAUCUAUAUUAAGUACUGAACAGUAUAUGUUCAUGUUACCUAUAGUGUGGCGAUAUCUCGAAGACUGGCUAAAACCAUAAAUGAUAUAUCAACGAAGGAUCUGUCUGCUUAAAAUUCAAAAGAACUGAACUACAGGAACUUUAUAUGGUCUGGUACCAGUGGAAGACAAGAAAUCAUGAAUUCACACUGCCCAAGUAAACAAGACCGACAGAAUGGCCAGCGACGUCAAAGAUUUACUUAUUGGUAAAAAUACAUGGGAUAAAAGUCUUUUAUAUUGGAAUCUGUCGGGGAGUAAGGGAUUCCCCGGAAACGAAGUCUACUCAUCUCUGGAUCCUAAUCAAUGAUCAUAGGGAGUGCAAACGUAUGUAAGUACAUCGGAGGAAUUUACCUAAGAGCGGAGUGAUACAUAAAAAUCCAUUUGAUAGUUGUAUGGAUAUAUUCGACCGUCUUCACCGGAAGUUCGAGGUGAUGUUUUAUUCAUGGAAGAGGCUUAAUCAAGAGUAGUGUUACUGUCUUCCGCAAACGACAGAAAAAUGGUGUCUAUGUUUGGCGAGUUAGAGUAAUAGAAGUCAAGGGUAAAUGUCAGAAGGGGAAACGUGUUUUGUGGCGAGCAUGUCACAACGAUGUCUGAAUUUGUGAUCAACGUUCUCUGGCUGGUGUUAUCUCCCCUUGCUGGCGUCACUGGCGUUAUAACCGCCGUCGUUAUCGCUCACUACACACCUUUUUAUCACGGUUCAGAUAUUCUUCUUUUCUCAUACGCAAUCACAAUGUCCAUCAACAGUCUUCUGCUGCCGUCUGUUCCCGCGCUUGUGGAGAUAACCGGAAACACGUGGCCGGAUAUUCUGUGUCAGUUCUAUGUUUGGGCGUUCAUCACCUUCAGGGUUCUACAGGUGCUUACCUUAUUGUCUCUCUCCGUCUUGUGGUCGGCAAUUAUGAAAUACUCGACAAGAGGGAAACGGAUAAAAUUUACAACAAUUGUAAAGGGAGUUGUCCCUACGAUAUGGGUCCUAUCGGCUGUGUUGGGGCUUCUACCAAUAAUAGGGGCUGUUCCAGAUACGUUUCAUUCGGAGGGAAAGUGUCAUUUUCUCAGCAGUGAUCUUGGACAGGGAAUGGCGGUUACAAUGGGAGUGAUUGUGUUUAGUUGUGUUGUGUUUUCAGUAAUUUGUGUGUGUGACGCGACAGUUUUGUUGAAGUACGUCAGACGCGUUGCGCUGGUGAAAUACGGGGCGGGGCGGUUUUAUCUGCCCCAAAAGAGAUCUAGUGUCCCCGGGGCAGGUACCUACACGAUACAUGAGAGGUAUCAUCAGCUGACAUUUGCCUGGGACGUAUGUCGUCUUGUCCUGGUGUGGGUCCUUGGAAGUGGACUGGUCAGUCACAUACCGUACGCCGUGUUGGAAUUCGUGGCCCUGACUUCCCCGCCGGGAUCCUCUCACAAAACGAUUAAGGAUGCUAUCAUCUGGUUGGUCCUUGUGGAGGCCCUGUGCCUUCCCCACCUCCUGUGGAUCGUCAGCACGCGCUAUCGGCAUGCAUUUAUCUAUAUAUGGCGUGUGCGUGUGCUCCGGAAGCCUGCUGAGGAGGAAGAGGAUUCAGCCGCCUGUACCCUAAAAUCCUACCUCCGGACAGCGCAGCAGCUCAACGGGACUGGUACACGUCAAACACCCUCCAACUCGUUACCACGGCGACAGACGGACGAGCCUAUAGACGGACAUUCUCACAAUAAUAGACAGCUUCCUCUGACGGACAUUAGUACGAUUGUUCGACAGCAGAACCAACGAUAUCGCCAACGACCAGACAACUCGCCGGAUCCCCAAGCUAGCGCAUGCGCAGCUACGUCUGGCCCAUUGCACCAACAACGGGAAGUCCACUCCCAAACUGUUCCGCAAGUACAUCGAGCCUUAUCGGCGGCUUCUUCGCGUUCAUCACCGGCAAGUCAAAAGCGCAAUAUUUCGUCCAGACAACAAAAGAAUCAAAUCACGUAUCUUGACACUGGCAAAGAAGUGGAUCUAACGCGGUCUGCGUCAUCAAGCUCACGUCAUGAUUGGAAGGAUCAAAUGCGGAAGAAACACUUACCGCCAAUCUUUGUCAAUGAGGCGUUUGACAGUGGUGAGGCAAACAGAGUGCGUAGUAUGCAACAAGUAGCCACCCAAUCACAUGCGCGCGAAGACAGCAGUAGUUUACAUUUCUAUCUUUCUGGUGACUAUCAUCCUGAUUACCUCAAUACGGACAGUCUACCGAGAAAGCACCACCUGCUGGAGGAACGCAGCGAAAGCGAGGGCGUUAGUGGGCAAUAUGACGAUGGGGACAUUGCAAUCAUUCUCGAUGAGAAACUCACAGCACAGACAAACGUAGAGGUACACAACACACGGCCGCAUUUGUCAAGUUUCAAAGCAGUUCAAUCGAACAAACACUCAGGAUCGUCUAGUGUAGCACGCGAUAAUGAAGUCGAUAAUCUCUCUAAUAGCAAUUUGCCUGACGUCAUUUCGAACGGUUUGAAAUCAACUGACAACUCGGAUUAUGAAACUGACACAAUUCAUGACACAUACCGACAUCAUGUUCGUAACUCAAGUCAUGCUUCUAGUCAUGUGAAAUCAGAAGGUAGUGGAUCACGUGCAUCGUUUGAUGACGUAGAUGUUAGCGACCUCUUGGCAGAUUCCAGCAGGACGGCAAAUGAAUGUCGGACAGACGGUGAUGGGGAUGCAAGGACAGACCUUUAUAAAGCGGAAGAAAUUGCUCUCGACUUGUCCUACUCCGAGCCAUCUCAUUCUUAUAAAUACGAUGACAAUGUGAUAGAAGUUUUCUCCCCUCAACCCGAUAUAGACUUAUAUAAGAGUGACGGAUCAGAAAAAUCUAAAUUUGAUGAAAGUUUUGUGUGUAGAAAACUGUCCGACAGCUCUUCACGUGCCUCAAGCUAUGUAUCACGGGAAAACAAGCACACGCCAACAUUUGACCACUCCGGACGAUUGACCACUUCAUAUCAAUGUAGAACAGACAAUCGUACUUCACACGUGUACAUGGCGGAUUGCAAUGAUAGGCGAAGGGUGGAUAGUCCGCGGAGUGGUACAUCAACUCCAUUAUCUUUCACCUUUGACCCAGAGAUUGACCGAGGUUUCGAAGAAGCGCUUUCUGUAGGGUGCCCUGGCACUCCUUCUGUGUGUGACACGAUUCCUGGGUUCGAUUCUGUGACGGAAGGCUCAGAGGACGGAUCAAGUGUGUUCCCUGUCGAUUAUAAUGUUUCUCUUGAAGAGGACCCUUUCCGAACACAUGCAGUUGUAUCAAAAAGUCUUUCUGACACGCACAGUACCGGAAGUAGUGAGAAUCCGUUCGACUGUCUGCCAUCAUUACGGUAUGGAAAUACAUAUCCAAAUAAGUAUUCAGAACUUAUAGAAAAAACAAGUAGUAGCCCUGUUUCCGACAUAAUGGUGAAUUCAACAUCCGAGGCAGAUCAUGGAGAUUCUGGCUUUAAUUCUGGACUCGAGAGCUCUGUAGUGGUUCAUCAGGGGUCCAACAUAGCUUUCGCAGGGGGUUCCCAGGAGGCUACACCAACUCGGCAGAGUUCUUCCCCAUGGCCCGAAGACGUCCUUAUUUCGCCAAACGAGGACCUUAACACUGAGCAUUGCUUCGAAAAUGACUUUUCAGGAAACAGGUCAAAUGUCGUAAGUUCCAUUUUGAACACACAUGAUACAGAAGCGGUAUAUUUUUGACAUUUUAAGCCGUCUAAAAUAAUGGCAAUACCAAAUUUCCGUCUUAAAGUUUUGAGGGAUAGGUGCUGUCCGAGUUUCCUCUGACCCUGACAUCCACACCAGACAUCUAUCUGCCAAAUAUCUAAGUCUGGUGUCAGGGCCAGCGGAAACUUGGGCUAGGAUAGGUAUAUCCCAAAUAUCACUGGUGUGGCCUUCAAAAAAUAUGUAAAAGUUAUCCUUAGCAACGUAUGUUCAGUACAUACAUACAGAUUGUGCAAUGUAAAGUAUUAGUACAGUAUAGAACACGGAUCAUUGUUUGCCACAAACAGAUUUGUCUAUAAGAAUAACACUGACUUACAACUAAAUGAAAAUCAAAAGCACGUCGGAAAACUGGUAUACCUGAUCGAUUUAAAGACCUACAUUGUUUCUUUUAGAUAAUUGCCAUAUUUCACAGUUUUGAAAAACUCACAUGUAUGAAAAAGAGAAACAAAAUGCAAAGUAACUUUACAACUUAGUCGGAGAAGCACAUUGCAUGCUUCUUCACGUGUAUUGGCACUUCAGUCCGGAGAGAAAAAAUAAAAGUUUGUUUUAAUUUUAGAAUACAUGUUUAUUAUUUUAAGCUAUGGCAGCUACAUUUCAACUUGAUAUUUAAAAGCUAUCGUAUCUGAUAUUUAUCGGCCUAAAACUAUCUUGCAUCUUCUGUGAUGAAAACAGAGUUAGAAGUGAAGUGUUUCACAAUUUUACUUCGACAUAUACACUGAUUGAUGAGUUAGACUUAAGACAAAGUAUUCAGCUACUUAAAAAGCAUAAUGGUCCCACUGGAAGAAGUUAAUUAUUUGUUUUAAGGUGCCAGAUCUAGAGUUGGCGUAUAUAUUAAGACCGGAAUUAUAUGUAUUGUAAAUGACAUAUUUGUUAUCCCACGUUUUUGAAAUGUACCUCAUAAGUGGUCGAACACAUGCAAUAGGUUUUUUUUUAUCGAAAGUACAUCAAUGGUGUAACUUCAUGUUAAAUAAAACAAGUUUAAAAUAAACACAAAUACACAUGUAUAACAAAACAUACAGGGGAUUCACGGUAACAGCACCCAUUCAUAUUUCAUCAUUCCGCUAUCAGGCUUACCGGAUAUGAUGUCCUUUCUCUAUUCCGUCUUUGCGUAUUGCAGAGUUAUCUUCUCUUGUGAGCAGGUAUUGA